GAAAGAGAGAGGGAGGCGGGAGAGAGAGAAGGGGACAGGCGAGCUCCACUGGAAGGUUACAGCCUACUGCGAGUGAAGAAAAUGGCGAUCAUGCAGGACGAAUGCCUCCCCUCGUAGAUGCUGCAAAACGCGUUGAAUUUCUUUUAGCCUUACAGUCGGCUUUCAUUUCCACUCUGUUGCACUUUAUACUUCAAUGAGAUUCGGAAUUGGAAGCUGUCGCCACCAAAGAAACUGAAGCAUCUGAACAGGGAACUCACCCAUAGAGGGACUGUGGAUGGAAGACGGAGAGAGAGACAGAGAGUGUGAUAAAAAGGCGGAUAAGAAGAUAGAAGUCAGAACAAAACGUGAACAACGUCCAGGCUGAGACGGCAUUCAACACCACGUGUACAUACAGACUCAUUCAGUGUUCAGCAAGUCCUCAGCAAUGCAAAGCGGUCCCAAUCUGCCUGCUUGCUCUGAAAAGCCUUGCCGCUUUGCCCCAAUCCCCUGAGGCAGUGCCCUCCAAACUUUCCAUCCCUUGUCACAGAGGGACCAGGGGUAAUCUGUUCUCCAUUCAACCCUCGGAGGCUACCUAGCCCGGCUAAGGUCUGCAGCCGUGUGCUGCUGGAACAGGCAUGGCUCCCAUUCGGGAUUCCGUCAGCCACUCCCCUAAUCAAACAGGUCUGGAGCAUCCUGUCUUGGACUCCCAGUAUGAUCCAUCUCCUUGGUCUUCUGGUUCACCCUGCGGCAAUGAUGGCACCAACAGCUGGGGAAAGGUCUUAGUUGAUGGAAACGCCGAUAAGUCCAACAACUCUCCAAAUAAUCCCUCUGCCUGGCCCCCAUCUUCAUCUUCAUUCUCCUGCUCAUCCUCCUCUUCCUCCUCUGGUUGUGGGUCAGGAUCAGACCCAGAGUUGGCGUCAGAAUGCAUGGAUGCAGACUCUAGCUCCUCGGUUGGCUCAGAGAAAAACCUUUCUGUGACAACAGCGAUGAUAAUGUCAGCGAAUGCUUCUUCCUCUGUGUCUUCUGCGACAUCCUCUCCGUCCUCUUCUUCAAUGACGCCAUCUAUGAUGGUUGGCGUGACAGUGAACGGAGAGGGCAACGGAAAUGGUCGCCAAGUUGUUGGUGGAGGAAUUGGAAGUAACAUCACUGGACCCUCAUCCUUCUCCAUGGCUGGGUCCAGCUGUAUUGGCAGCAAUAACAUGGGUAACCACAACAACAAGCUUGUUAAUAAUGGUGGUGUAUGGGGUGCCCAGACUGGUGGCAACAUGGUCACCGCAAGUGGAAGUAACCCGUGCAUCAAUGGAGGGUUAAACCCAAACACAUUAAAUCCAAAUGCCAACCAUGGUGCCUGGCCACAGAAUUCUACUUCAAGCCCAGUGUCCCAAGGCCAACGGCCUUCACAGGCUCCGGGGAUGAGUUCAAAAUUGGCUGUCCCUCCCUCACAGAGUCCCCUGCUGGGGUGGGGUGGCAUGGCAGCUCCAGAGAUCAGCAGUGUGAUGGAGGACGAUGAGGUGAAUAGUGGUACAGUGAACAAAGUGUUAGGAGGCAGCAACAAUGAAAAUGGUGGCCUACAGUCUGCACAGCCUAACAAUGAAAUUAAUGGACCAAAUAACACUAUGUCGAUGAAUAAUACUACUACUACUAACGCCACAAUAACCUCCACUCCACCUAACUCUACCGCCUCGCCCCAGCUGAGUGAAAAUGGUCCUUGGGGCUCCACUGGGGGAGGAAACAGUGGUGUAACGCCCAAUGGAAACAUGUCGUCAACCCUUCAGCACUCCCAAGGAGAGCCAGCUGCCCCUGGGGUCUUUGGUACACCUUGGGGUGGUAGUGCUCUGAAUGCAGACACUGUGAAAUCCCAAAACCCUACCUUAAUGAUGACUGGGAAUCCCCAAGUCUCUGCCUCUGCUGCUUUUAAAAGUAAUAAUGACCACAAUAACACUGGGCAUCUGCGCUGGGACCAGGGUCCAGCAAACUCACCCCAGAACAACAUGACCUGGGGUGUCCCUUCCAAUCAAAAUCCAGGUUCUGCUGGCCAAACGUCAGGGCCUGGUAACCAAACUCCAAUCGGAAUACCUCGCCCUUGGGGUAGCAGCGCGUCCUCCUCUUCCUCAUCGUCCUCCUCCACAUCCACCAACAAGAUGUCAAAUGGAGAAUGGGGGUCAAGCUCUCAUCCCAACAACCAUUCGGAUACUGGAACUCUUAAAGGAAGCACUGCCAAUAACGGCUGGAAGAGUCUAGAGGAUGAUGCUAUGGGCAUCGGAGGUGCCACUGUCGGAAAUGGAAGCCAUGGUCUGGGAGUGACAGGCAGCUGGGGUUGCUCUGGAGGGAGCGAAGGAAGCGGCGAGAGCUCCGGCGGCCGAUCCAGCUCUGAAAGAGAUGGCAGUCAGACAAAAGGUGGAAACCGCAGAAAACCCAACAACACUGCGUCUUUAAUAGCAGCUCUCAGCCGGGCUGAUGUAGACCCCAGGGUUCUGUCAAACACUGGAUGGGGACAGACACCUGUACGCCAGAACACCGCCUGGGAUGUCAAUUCUUCUGUAAACAAUCGUCAGUUUGCUCCCAGAGGAGAUGAAAGGAAACCCAACAGUGGCGGCUCUAACUGGCGGUCAGCAUCACCAGCUGCAGUCUCCCAAACCUCUGGAGGUUGGAGCGGAGGUCCAGGUAACUCUGGCCUGGAUGCCGGAGGUCCAGGUUGGUGUGAUCAGAGAUCCUCGUCUGGAUGGGACAACAAAGGCCCUACAGGUGGAGGCAACAACUGGGAUGAUGGGCCUGGCCACAAAGGACACAACAACAGCAACACAUGGAGCAAUACUAACAAAGAUGAUGGAUCCAACACUUGGACUAAUGCUCCGAAACCGCAGCAAAGCUGGGGUUCUGGAAGUGGAACUGAAAACUGGGGCCCUGGUGGCGACAAUACCAGAGCUGCGUCCAAUAACCACUGGGGGGAGCCUCAAAAGGGGGCGGGCUCAGUGGGAUGGGACAGCGACAGUGACCGCUCUGGUUGUUGGAGCGAAACCGGUCGAACAAACAACACCAGCAGCAGCAACACCUGGACGGGAAGUGGAGGAUCAAAUACUCCAGACCAGAGCACCUCCAAUCCUGGCUCCAACUGGAAUGACUCGAUGCCCAAACCGAACAUGCAGAACAAGAGCCAGGGCUGGGGCGAGCCCAACAGCAACAGUGGCAUGCAGACCUGGGGGACAAAUUCUAAAUCCUGCAACACCUCAGAGUGGGGGAAAGGACCUGAUGCUAACAUGUCCAGAAGCAACCAAGGACCCAACAAGCCCUCUGGCUGGCUGGGAGGCCCCAUGCCUACUGUUGGUCAGAAGGAGGAAAUGUCGACUGGCUGGGAGGAGCCUUCUCCAGAAUCCAUCCGUAGAAGAAUGGAAAUCGAUGAUGGAACUGCUGCUUGGGGAGAUCCUGGUAAAUAUGGUGGCGGUUCAGUCAACAUGUGGAACAGACCUGGCCCCACAGACCAGGAGGCCAUGGGCCCAUCUUCUCAGCAGUCCCACUCAGGACACGGCUCAAUGCCGCCGCCCCAGCCUAUGCAGCCGUUGCAGCAUGAGAAAAGCUGCAGUUCAGGCUGGGGCGACCCUUACCCUCCAAAAAAGGAGUCUUCUUCAUGGGCAGAGCCGACAUCCACUACUCCAGCAGUAACUGUUGACAAUGGGACAUCUGCUUGGGGCAAGCCUGUAGACAGCAACACCGGCUGGAAUGAACCCAGCAGGGAAAGCAGAGAUUCUGGCUCAGGAUGGGGCAGCCAGCACAAGACUGGUAUUAACAAGCCCAUGGAGACGUGGGGGAAUGAAGACGGGUCGAUGGGUAACAGCUGGAACCAAGAGGACGAGAUUGAAUUUGGCGUGUGGACCAACAAUCAACAAGAAAGCAGGUCACAUGACCAAAACACAUGGAAUUACAAAAACAGAACGUCCAACAAGAUGAACAAACCUGGCAACAAGCAGGAUGAGCCCUGGAUGAAACCCUUUGUUAAUCAAUUUAACAACAUGAACUUCUCUCGUGACUCUCCUGAUGACACUAUGAAGUCUGGACCAGGGAUGAUGCAAGACAAGAGAAUGGAUGUUGGUGGUUUUGACUUUAACGGCGUGAUGGGGAAGAACCCUGGGUCCCGACACCAGCUUCCCAAGGAGUCUGCCAUGGAUCGCUGCUCUUACUAUGACAAGCUGUCUGUCUCUUCAUCUUUCGAUAAUCCAGCUUCUGACGAGCUCUCAUCCAAUCAAAUCAUGAGCUUUUCCCCUUCCACUUCUACUCAGCCUAGCAUUUGUCUUGAUACUGGGCCACCUCCAGCCCACUCUAGUCCUGGGGCUGCUCGCCAGAAUGUAAACCUGAUGUUGAGUGGCAGCAGCGUAGCACAGGGCCGAGGCCCACAAUCGCAGGUCCCCUCUCAACCCAACUUUCGCAACCAAGUGCCUCCACCCAUCCUGCCCUCUCAGGUCCCUCCGUCUCUACUGAAGUACGCUGGUGGUAAUGGAGGCCUGAACCCCCUGUUUGGACCCCAGCAAGUGGCCAUGCUCAACCAACUCUCUCAACUCAACCAGCUGACACAGAUCAACCAGCUACAGCGCUUGCUCAUCCAGCAGCAGCAACAGCAGAAGACGCAGAGAGCCAUGCCGAUUGGACGACAGGCUGAACAGACUCGACCAGUCGGUUCCUCUCCUUCGAUGAUGCAGCCACCACGUCACCUGGAUCCUUCUUUGCUGAAACAAGCUUCACCUAUUAAACCGUACUUUGAUAACUUCGUAUCCCAAAAUACACCUGACAUGCCGAAGGAUGCAGCAAGCCUUGGAUCCUUUAGCAACUUCCCUUUAAGCUUGAACUCUAACCUGAAUGUAUCCAUGGACAUGGGUGCUGGUGGUGGCUCGAGUGGUGGUGGAGCUAUGGGCUACAAAGAGCCAUCCCAGUCCAGACUGAAGAAAUUUUGGGAAACUGAGCCUAUCGAGCAGAACAGCAAAUCUGGUGCUAUGUCGUCUGGACUGCGUCUGGAGGACUCUCCCUUCUACGAAUUCCUGUCUCCUGGCCCACCUCCCCUGAGUCCUCCCGGCCAAUCACUGGGCUCGGUGGGCGAUGGUUGGCCGCCCCGUGCCAACUCUCCCCCGCCCCAUGGAAACACCUGGCCCCUCGAGUUCCGACCAGGGGAGCCUUGGAUAGGAUACCCCAACGUUGACCCUGAGACUGACCCGUAUGUGACCCCCGGUAGUGUCAUUAACAACCUCUCCAUCAAAACCGUCCGUGACACCGACCACCUCAGGGACAGGAACAAUGGGCCAUCCUCAUCACUGAACACCACGAUGCCUUCUAACAGUGCCUGGUCAUCCAUUCGUGCCUCCAGCCACAGCGGUUCCCUCACCAGUACAGCACAAAGCACUUCAGCCCGACCCAGUGAGUCCAAGUGGUCUCCCGGUGGCACUUCUGUGUCCAACUCCUCCUUGGCCCAUGAGCUGUGGAAGGUCCCCCUGCCUCCCAAGUCAACCCCCGCCAGACCGCCACCCGGCCUCACCAGCCAGAAAUCCAGCUCCGCCUCCUCGGGAUGGGAUGGUUCUGCCCUGAGACUGGGAGGGUGGGGCUCCACUGAGUCCAGAUACACUCCUGGUUCCAGUUGGAGUGAUGGCAGCAGCAGCUCAGGGAGAACCCAAUGGCUUGUUCUGAAGAAUCUCACACCUCAGAUCGACGGCUCCACUCUGAGAACGCUGUGCAUGCAGCACGGCCCUCUGAUCACAUUCCACCUCAACCUGCCGCAUGGCAACGCUGUGGUUUGCUACAACUCCAAGGACGAGGCUGCUAAGGCCCAGAAGAGCCUGCACAUGUGUGUUUUGGGGAACACUACCAUUCUGGCUGAAUUUGCCAGCGAGGAGGAAAUCAACCGUUUCUUUGCACAAGGGCAGUCACUGGCCACGCCCUCCUCCGGCUGGCAGGCCAUCGGCUCCUCUCAAAGCAGGAUGGAUCAGUCGCAGCCCUUUCCCAGUCGCUCUUCUGAACCAAACCAGUGGAACAGCAGCAACCUACAUAGCUCCUCCCUGUGGGGGGGGCCCAACUAUUCCAGUAGCCUGUGGGGGAGCUCCAGUGGCACCGAGGCAGGGAGGCUCAGCAGCCCUUCUCCAAUCAGCUCCUUCCUCCCGGUGGAUCACCUGACUGGCGCCGGAGACUCCAUGUGAGCUGGUGGGCCUCGUGGGCGGAAAGGGUCAGUAGAGAAUUCUCAAUAAUCAGCAGAAGAAGAAGAAGAAGAAAAUCUUAAAAAUGGCACUAGUUGGACUCUUUGUCACUUACAAGAUAUUCAACAAAAAAAAACAGGGUCACCCCUGUGGAAAACAAGUUACGUUUCUCUCUGCACAUGUGUCCACUUUGUUUUAGCCCAAAAACAUAUCAGUCGAAAUACUUGAAUCAUGCAGGCCAAUUCUAUAAUGUGAAUGGAUGGAUAUUUGCUUCCAGGUAGUGCUCUUUCAGACCGAAAAAAAAAAAAACUUCAAUCGAGCUCAUUAUUAUUAUUAUUAUUAAUAUUAUAUAUUUUGUUUCAUCCGUCAUGUUUAUUGAAUGAAUUCCAAUUCUAUUUCUUUUUUGUGUUUGUUUGCUGACAAUGUUGGAGUAUGAGCUUUUUUUUUUUUUAACUUUGCACUGAAUGUGUUUUUUUUUUUCCUCAGUAUAUAUAUAAUCUGCAAUAUAGAGGGAGCAGCCAGUUUUCCAGUGUAGCUGUUUACUCAUUGAGGUCCUUACCGUAUGUGGUUGCGUGUGUGCGUGUGUGCGCGGCGAGUGCGUGCGUGGAUGCGAGCGUGCGUGUGCUCCUCUCUGCCUUGGCACGCCUACCUUACUGUGUUGUUGUGGAGUUCAAGAUCAACAGAUAGUGAAAACAGACGCUGACUUUGGGAGGAGAAUAUCUGGUGGUAGUUAAAGUGACAUUUUAAAAAGUAUUGCACCAAUUUUUGUUUUUAAACUAAAGAACGUUGAGCUCUGCAGUGCAAAGGACUGUAGCCGCAGCUGGGACUAGCAAGCCCCGCAUUCCCUAUUGUAGGGAGUGGGGCCUUUCUAGCAAGCCCUCCUUUACUCCCCCUAGUGGGUAAUGGAGGGAACAGCACUUUCAGAAUAGGCUUUCAAUGUUUUGGAGGUGCCACACUGCAACCUCUUGUUUACAAGACUUCGGAGGCGAAAUGUGUGUUCAUUCUUCAUUUUAAAGAGAUGGUAAAAAAAAAAAAAAUCCAUACAAAAAAAAACUAAAAAAAACUGAAAAACCUCAAUAAAAAAAAACAACAAAAUCUAUGAAAAACUCAGAAAAAAAAUAAAACUCUUAUCAAGGAUGAAGACGAUGCUUUGUAACUCUGGGAAUUCGGAUCAGUGUUUUUUGGCCAUGGUGUUGGUUAUUUGAACUAUUCCUCUUUGUCUGCUAAAUAACCAGCAAUGGUUCUCAGGAAAUCAAGCCAGUCCCUCUCCCCAUCCCCUUCCCCUGUAGUUGAAUAAAAGAAAACUACGACUACUCCUUGUAGGAAAGGAAAAUCCAACUUUUAGCACUGAAAUCUAUGAUGUAUAGGUCUGUACGUUUAUUUCUCUGCCAAAUAACUGCUUUAAGCUGGAGAAGCUCGACACACUGCUUUCAAUAUGCUGUCUUUUUAGAGUGGGGGAGUCCCAGUACGUGUGUGGAGGGCUGCUCUCCUCCCGCCUCUCCCCCACUCCACUAAUGUUUGGAGUGUUAAAUGUGGAAAAUGUCUCUUCAGACUUUUAAACCAAGAGAAAGGCGACUCUGUAUCUAUGCACACUGUAGCCUCGACGCGGCCUCCGGAGGCAUUUUUGUUUCUUUCCCGAUGUUUCGCCGAGAUAUUUUAAAUGUUUCAUUGACUUACAGCAACGACUUGCUUCUUUGUUUUGUUUUUUCUUUUUUAAUGAAAACUGCUCUCAUUGCCACAAAUGGUGUUUAGGAAAAAAGAGAAAAACAGAAAAAGCUACAAAAAAAAAAAACAUGUUGAAGAUUUUAACAAAAGUCGUCCACAUUUCAUUGCCUUGAUCCUAAAUUGUGUCCGAAGAUGCAACAAGUCAAGUGGCUUCUACCUGUUUACAAAUGGAAUAUGAUUGUAUUGUUGUGCUCUUUUCAUUUUGUUUGGUUAGUAUUCUUUGGGAGGGAGGGAGGGUGAGGGAAUCUGAAGUGUUCACCAUCGGUUCAGCGUGUGCGUUUUGUCCCGAGAAAUUACAAAUCACUUCCACUGAGCGGCUGCGGCGACGGAGGUGGGGGCCGCGCGGCAAUAACCGGGACGUACAUCAGCAUUGCUGUUGACUUGUCAUUCAAAUCCGAGUCACGACUCCGGCUCUGGCUGGCGGGAAGGUACGAGUCAGAACUGACAAGUUGCAGCAACGCUGGCGACCGUAGAGCCGUGACUAUCCUUGCAGGUCAAACAAGCCCGACCAAGUGUAGUUGAAGAUUUUAGAAGCGAAGCCGAUGGUUGCAUGACAUUUUUAACCAAUCCAAAAUCACUUUUUAACAUUUUCUCCCAAUGACGCGAGCGAGCUAGCUCCAAGGAUUUUACUGACCUGCAGGUCGUGCCUCUAAAUGUCUGAACUGAAAACUGACUGUUUUAAAGCAACGGCACUUCCUGCUCUGGGUUGCUCGCUGCUCCGAAGUCGGCAAAGACGUGGACCUUCACUUCUGCGUGUUAGUCGCCCGCUGGUGCGUGCGUUUGGAUUUCAGAAGUCACUUCUCCUCGCUGGGAAGGCAACCUUGAGUAUUAGCCUGAUUUGUGUGCAGCGUGUGCCAGUAUUGACCUGCUCUUUUACCAAAUAACUCAAUCACAGAAAGAAAGGAUUAGUUUACUUAAUUCCACAAUGUUUUUCUUAAGAUGCAUUUAUCUCUUGUGUUGUGUUGUGUAACCAUGUUGUCAGUGGAACAUUGCGUGGUUUUACAGAUUUGACGGAUAUUGCACUUGUGGUGACGCGCGGUGGGUGAGGUGGGGUUGGCGCUGAGUCGGCCCCGGUGAGCUGAGCUGGAAUGUAGCUGCAACAGUUAGAGAGAGAAACAGAUUCAGAGUCAUCAGCGACUGCUGCUGCUGCUGUGUGCGUGUGUGUGAGAGACUACUGUUGUGACUGUUGCAAUGGCGAUGGUGUCACGAGCCUGACUGAAGCAAGGCGAGGCUGCUCGUGACGUUGGCCGUUUCAUCGUGGCUUUUCAGGGAAACGGGGCAACGCUGGCCUCCGCGCCAUCUUCACCGCAGGGCGCCGCUCCCACAGCCGCUCCUGACUGCGUGAAAUACACUUAAUUCAUUCUGAUGUCUGCAGCUUGGACCCGGGAGCAGCUCGUCCCACCCUCAUUGUCCUUAACCAUUCAUGGGACGGCUGCUCUGGGGUCGGCUGGCGGCGUAGCAGAGCAGCGCCUCUCGUCCAUGUUACUGUUCGUGACGGCUUCGCCUCAUCUACUGUGGUGUGAGGAAGCGGUCUUUUUCCGUAAACUGUGUGCAAACAUUAUCAUGCCAAAUUGUUGUGUGUGUGUGUGUGUGUGUAAAGGGAUAAUGAGACGUGUGAGUGUGUAUUUAAAGCUGUACAAUGUCAAAUGCUUGAAGAAAACUGUCAUUUAAAAAGGAUGAUGUAAGGAAAUACCUUCUCAGUAAUUGAAAACCACCACGAGCAAUGUACAAUCGCCAGGGCUGCCGGGCAGAUUCCCGAUCGGGAGGGAAGGCGGGUGGAGGAAGAGCUGGCGGGGUGAUACUCUACUACUUUUUCAUAUUUAAUAAGAUAAUGUGACUUUUGUUUUACUUCCUGUGAGCUAUAUUCUCUCAUCACUUCUGUUGAUCAAAAGCGCUUUGACUUUACAACACAGAAGAAACACACAACUGUGAGCACCUGCUUUUUUUUUUUUUUUUUUUUUAGUCAUUCUACAUUUACCUGAACCCUGAAAAGCUUUAGUCUAACCAGCACAAAGAUGUGGGGGGUGGGGAGGGUUGGGGGGGCUCAGAGAGACUAUGCAGUGGAGUGUUGAACCCAGGCUUCCAUGUCCACCUCGGGUUUCUUUUCUUUUCUUUCUUUUUUUUGCUUUCUCUGGAAAAAAAAAAAAUCUAUAAAAUAAUAAAAAGGAAAAAAAAAAGAUGGAAUUCAAUCCAGUAAUAUUCCUCAAAUGUGCCAUCGAUGAGUCGUACUACUAAUGAACCUUUAUUACCUAGCAACCGUCGGGCCAGUUGUAGCAGGAGGACAGGUGAAGAUUUGCAAAAGUCCAUUUCUAUAUUUUCACAGCUCGACAGUCGACAGAAGUGAGGCCGGUGAAACUGCAAAUUUUACACGACUACCAUGUUUUUUAUAGAGAUUCUAUCGAUCCACAGCGUGUAGUUGGAAUCACCUGUAAACCUAAUAUGCACAUCGCUUUGGGAGACUGUUGAAAAUAUAUAUAAUAUAUAUAUAUAUCUAUAGGAGAAUAUUAACGUACAGUGUCUAUAAUCUGCGAUGGGGGGGCUUCCUCUCUUGACUAAACAGGAAGUAACUUUUUAUUUUCAAACGUCUUCCUCGGGUCAUCAAAGAUCUUAAUCUUCGGGGAAAACUGCACUUUUUGAAGGACAAUCUUUAUUCGUUGAAAUUGACAAAAUCGAAGUCGCCUGAUAUUACAAGGUGUAGAAACCAACUCCAGUGUGCUCUAAUGAUGAAUGUCUCCUGAUGCUGUCUGUAUCCGUUUCUUUUGUUUGGACUCUCCUUCUGUUUUUUUUUUGUUUUGUUGCUUGGUUUGUUCAGUAUUUUUUUUUCCCUCUUGUUUUCUGAUUUUAGUGCUCUUAAGAGAAUCUGUACUAAGGUGUAGAGUAGUAGGUAGUAGUUCUUCUGUUGGCUGUACUCGUAUACUGAUUACUGUUUGUAACCUCUGGCCUCUUCAGCCAGCAGACAAAGCUGUAUAACUUGGGUACAACCCUCAAUAAAAGACUAACAAUGAA